AUGAUUAACAACGACAAGAUCACGGGGCAAGGUUUGGGUAAAGUCGAGUGUCGAGCCGGAAGCCUGCUUCCGCGUCACGGGCAAUUUACCCAGGCGCAGCCCGGCAAGUGGGAAGCAUCGCUAGGAAUAAUACGCAGCGAGGGCCGCGGGUAUACUGCAGUCAGCUUGUCGAGGCAGGGCGUAUACUUGCAAGUUGUGCACAAUCGUAUAAUGUUUAGUGCCAUCAAGCUGUUGGCGAUAACCAUCCCAGGGUCUCUAUACCAGGACAGGGACUGGACUCUCUACGUCAACACUAAUAACACAAGGGGGCCGACAGUGAGGAGAAGGAACUUUGAAGCUUAUCCCAGAAGAAACGAGCAGACAGGAGCCCAGUCAGAAAACGGAAACGGAAACAUGGGGGCGUCGGCACCUUGCAAAUCGAUUCUGCGGGACAAGCAGCCCGGACCGGGGCUCCAUCUUCCAUCAACUUGCGGCACAACGAGGCUCAUGAUUGGUCUGUCGGACCAUUUUGUCGCGUCACGACCCAAGGGGGUAGGCGAUUAUCCCCGACGCGCUUGUUCCUCCACACUCGGGGCCACGUCGGGCGUAAUUGAUAUUGAAGGGGACUGCGAGGCUGGAAGUGGCGUUACAAGUCGAUAG